AACCACAGGUCGUCUCCGUUGCGCGGGCACCAGUAGAGCGGGCCCGAACCCGGACGCUAGCUGUCACGCUUACGCACACGCAAACGUUUCAUAGUAACACCGUAUCGUAUCCACCAAUUGGAGGAUGGCUUCGGACCGGGGUUUUUUUUUUACACUUUUCUUUUGGUGUGUGUGUGCCGUUGUUGGUUGGUUUUUGUUUGUCUUUUAUCUGUACGCCUUUUGCGUCUGUUUCAACCCCCCCCCCUCUCCCUGCCCCUUGCUCGUUUACCAACCGAACCCCGCCUUCCUCCACAAACGGGGCUCGGGUUUCCCCUACCGCGUGCCUUAUUUGUUUAUCCGAUUUUUAGGCGAUCCCUUAGCGCUUAGGGAGGAUACAGCGGCAAUGUGCAAUUGUUGAAACAUUUUUGAAUCAGUUGCUUUUGAAUGUUCGGCGAGGAAUGUGUUACGCUCGACAGCAGCAGCUGUGGUGACCGCCGUCUCGUGCUAACCGUUGCGUGGUGUUUGCAAAAACCGGGUGCGUGUGUGAGUGAUCCGUGAUUGUGCCGUGAAUUUGGUCGAUUGCAGGCAAACUGUGGCAAACUGUGUUUGUUGCGUGCGGUGCGUACCUGGUGUCUAAGGAUCUGUGCGUGUGUGUGUGUCGAAGUGGUUUCGUGAAAGGGCAAAACAAAAAACACACAAAGGGAGCAAUAGUAGCGAGAGAUGAGCUUGCCCAGCGGUGUCGAUAUGUCGAACCUGAUGCAGCAACAUCCGGUACUCGGUGCGCUGCCGCCAGCAUUUUUCCUACGGGCGGCCUCGGAACGCUAUCAACGCACGCCCAAGUGUGCCCGCUGUCGCAACCAUGGAGUGGUUAGUGCACUGAAAGGACACAAGCGGUACUGUCGCUGGCGGGACUGUGUCUGCGCUAAAUGUACCUUAAUCGCGGAACGUCAGCGGGUCAUGGCGGCACAGGUUGCACUCCGCCGACAGCAGGCCCAGGAGGAGAAUGAGGUGCGCGAUCUUGGUUUGCUGUACGGGACGACGGGAGUGCACGGGGUCGGGCAGACACCACCGAGCGAUCCUGGCGCUGUGCAGUCGGUGGGCCAGUUUCAUGGUGGGAUACCGUCGCCACCGAACGAUGCCGAGAGUGCUACCCACCAUAGCUACACAUCGGCCGACGCAGAUACAGAUGUACAGCGAAUGCGAACGGAGCAUAUGCACUCAGCCUACUCGCCCAAUCGCAGCGAACCCGACAGUCCUGGGCCGAAGCGUCAACGCAUAUCAACCGAGACAGAUCACGACACGGAGUCCGAAUCAUCGCCCAGCAGUCCCCGGCACAAGUCCUCCCUGUUUUCCCUCCCGCUGGACAAACAAUCGCCGAGUCAAACCGGCCCGCCCAGCUCACCCGAGUCGGACCUGGACGUGGACUCGACACCGGACGAUUCGAUCGCGCCCGAAAAUUUAAGCCUCAAGAAGGACUCGCAUGUAUAUAGCAAGCCACCAGCGACGCUAGUACCGGUAACGAACGGUGGUGCCGGCUUUCUGCCUUACAGCCAACAACCGGUCGCGACCCAGUACCAGCAAGCCAUCGGUGUCAGUGCCUCCCAAGCCUCGAGCCAACGCUCACCGGUGGAUGUCCUGUUGCGAGUGUUCCCGAACCGGCGCCGGAGCGAGGUGGAGCUACUGUUGCAACGCUACCGGGGCGAUGUAGUACAGGCGAUGGAAGCGAUGCUCUGCGGUGACGAUGCACUCCACACCCCCAUCAGUUUUCCAACACCUUCACCAUCUUUUACAGUGAAGUCGGCAUUCUCGCCAUUGAUGCCUUCCGGAACGUUCAGUAGUCCGGCGGUACGGUACUCGUUUCUGCAGCAGGCCCACACCAAGCGCUUCCUGUCCGCACCGUACACCGGUACCGGCUACCUACCGACCAUCCUGCAAGAUCCGGAACAACCGCCUCAACCCCAGCAGGACCAGCAGGGUCUCGGACCGAACUGUGCACCUGCCGCAGCCAACAGCCCAUGUGUGGAUGGUACCGAGUAAGUGAUCCAGCGAGUAUCCAGAGCUCUCCAGAAGAAGAAGAAGAAGAAAAAACAAAAUCUGUCUCCUAUCAUCAUUAUCCGCUUGCAUUCAACGCACCAAAACAGCAACAUUGUCCGGGAUCUCGCACACUCGCAUACCAUCUCGGAGUCUCGAGAGUCCUCCAGAGAUCCUCCACGCGCGACUACUCCUCGCACAGUAGCUGUGCUGAGUGAGUGGUGCCAUUUGGUUGAAGAUUCUUUGCGUUCCUUCUCUCCCUCUGCGUCUCCCCCUUCAUGCCGUCCCCCUACUCGCCUGUUCCCUUCUCCCUCCUAUAUAAACCAACCAGAGGGCGCUGCUGAUGGUGAUGAUUAUUAUUAUUAUUAUGAUGGUGACGAUAAUGAUAAUGAAGAUGUUGAUGAAGUGGAAUUAUGAUUACUUUUAAAUGUAAAUUGUUACCGCAGGGAUUUUUCCUUCCUUUGCUUUUCCGGCGUUUUCCAUCGCUCGGAAGUGGUGCACUGGAUACUGAGAGAAAACAAAAAUCUUCACUUGAGGCUUAUUUGGAGCAUUGGUAACUGACAUACCAUACCGGCGGCAGCCAUUUCCUCAGCUGUGCUUCUCAUUCCGAAACACUAGAGGGGCGAUGUAAAAGGCAAGCAAACAAAAAGGGAAAUAAUAAUUACACGCGUAGGCUAAACGUUGAAAAACAAUGGCAAACAAACCAACAUACAAAAGCUUCUCAAAAAUGGAAAGAAAGGUAAAAAAAAAAUGGCGGACAAGAUUCUACAUACACGUUUAGUGUGAUUCGUAAUAAAAAAAAGACAAAUACAGAGAAACAAAACACUCAUGCUGCGCUUCACUAGGCAAGGAAGCCACACGAAGCUAAUACUAAUUGAGCCAGCAUUUGUUGUGCCGGGGAAGGGAAUAUCAAUCAGAAGAAAAACAAAAUAUUAUUAAAGCAAAACACACACUAGCAAACUAAACACACUGUUGAAGUAUACAUAACAGUCGACAAAUGAACAAGAGAAAAGGGAGCGAGACAAAAAAAGAACCCGAUACCGAUAACAAAGAAAGCGUAAGGCAAAACAUACAAUAAGUUUGAUGAAAAUGAGUGAAAAGUGUUGUAUAAAAUAUAAAACUAUAAAAAGUAUAUAAUAAAAAUUGACGCUAUAAUAAACUUC